GUCUUUGGUUGGCUCAGGUUCAGGUUGGUUCGCUACGCGUCAUAGCAUCAGAUCGUUUCAGUUCAUUUCAGUUCGUCUUGAACUGCUCGGAUACGUGUUUUGAGCGGUCGCGUUAAUUGCUGCAUACACAGGUUCUCGUGGAUAGUCUUCUGCCGUUUCUGCCAGUACUCGCGAGAAAUCAGUGGGUCAGUGCUUUUUGUGCCAUAUCCAUGGAUUUGGAUAUGCCCGCGGACAUGGAUUAUACUUCCGGAUUUAACAUGACGAUGCGGUAGUGGAUAACUUCGCAGUAGCGGACUCAAGGUUGAAUUUGAAGAAGGAAGAUAUUUUUUGCGUGCAGCACAGAGGAAGAAGAGAAUUCUAGAUGCUAGGCCGGAUCAAAACGAAAUAGAAAAGAGAAGAAGCAAGAGAAAGAGAAUUGAAGCUAGUAGAAAGAAGCGAGAACGAGAUAGGGAAGGAAAGAGAGGCAGGGAGGGAGGAGGAGAGAAAGUAAGAGAGAGAGAGAGAGAGGGAGGGAGGGAGAGAGGGAGAGGGAUGGGCGCUGGGAUGGGUAGAAGCGGCACGAGCGGCGGUCUGCUCGAGGCACUUCCCACAGGAACUCCCCUGCACGUGGCGAUGCUCGGUCUCGACAGCGCCGGGAAGACGACCGCCCUGUACAGACUGAAAUUCGAUCAGUAUCUCAAUACCGUACCGACUAUUGGCUUUAACUGCGAGAGAAUUCGCGGUGGCAUCGGAAAAGCUAAAGGUGUUAAUUUUCUUGUGUGGGACGUUGGCGGGCAAGAAAAGCUACGGCCGCUGUGGAAAUCGUACACGAGAUGCACUGAUGGUAUUAUUUUUGUCGUUGACUCUUGCGAUACUGAACGGCUUGAGGAGGCAAAAAUGGAGCUUACCAGAACGGCGAGAAGUCCGGACAAUGCGGGUGUGCCGAUCCUAAUCCUCGCCAACAAACAAGAUUUGCCUGGUGCGAAAGAAGUUAGUGAACUAGAGAAGCAUCUGGGAGUGUUAGAAUUAACCGGAAUGCCAGGCAGCGCUUGUAUUCGUGUACAACCAGCGUGCGCUAUUACAGGCGAAGGACUUCACGAAGGCUUGGACACACUGUACCAGCUGAUAUUGAAACGACGCAAAUUGGCCAAACUGAAUCGGAAACGGGCCAGGUAGGCCAGGGCUUCGGAAGACUGCACAUGCGUCUUCUGAUAUUGUCGAUUGCGGACAGCCUCUCCUUUGGCGACGCUUUCCACAACUUCCAUCUCGUUCUCUCUUUCCAAUUGCGAUGAGGACAUAGCACAUUAACUCGAAAGAAGUGAACGGUGAUCACAAAGGGUGCGAUCACUUCCCUCUGACUUUCACUCUCAGCGAGAUGCUGUUGGAAUUACUAGCAUCGAUUUUUAGAUUUUGUGUGUGUGUGUGUGUGUGUGUGUGUGUGUAUCUGUGUGUGUGUAUCUGUGUGUGUGUUUGUAUGCUUGCGUGUACAUAUAAGUAUAUAUCAGUGUAGAGCUGCAUGUGAAUAUGAGAAAAAAUAGAAAUGGGGGAUUUUAAUAAUUACUGUUCCUAUUAGGUUGUUGCAUAUAACAUUUUUUAAUUAAAAAUUGAGAUUAUUGAUGUUCAAGUUUAUGCAAUUUUCGAAAUCGAUAUAUUAUCUAUUAGUAAUCUUUUUAUUUAUUGCUUAAAUGUAAGAUGAAAUGCUUUUACGACGCCAAAACUAAAAAAAUAUAUACUUGAAUAGUGUAACUUUCAAACAUUUACAAAUUCUUUUAUCAAUUCAGGGACUCGAAUCGGACCGAAACCAAAAUCGAUAACUGGACCGUAAUCGCUAUUUUUGUCAGACCGAAAUCGAUAACCAAAUCGAAAUAUUGUGCAGGCUAAUGGACCGAAAUGAUAACUGGACCAAAAAUGUUUUCCGGUCCGAUUUGAUUCGGUUUUCGGUUCAGAUUUUUUAACUUCAUCGGUACGAUUGUCGAUUACAGUCGACAGCCACCAAACAUACGUAUUCUUAGCCGAGCGUCAGCUAUAGUCAAUAGCCACCCAGUGAUAGGAAAUCGGGAACAGGCAUCACAGUGUUUUUCUCCAUCCACUCGCUCUCUCCUCACUUUCGGUAAAGGCGAGAAGGAUAGAGCGAUGAAGGAAAGAAGAACAGUGAGUGGAGUAUGUUUGUAAUCUUACCCAUACAGCACAGAAAGAUUGUAAAAUGAUUGCAGAUAUAUCUCAUGCAAUGUUAUAAUAUUGCAAAUAGAUUG